AUGUUUCAAAUUUUAAUUCUUCCCUUCGCCCUCCUUGCGCUAUUUGAUGGUGUUCAUGCGGCUCGAUUGAGCCUUCGAGGCAGGCCAGUAACCCCAGGAUCCGGUUUUCAUCGUCGGAGCAGCAUAUCUAGCCAUACCUCUCGUCUCAAUGAUAGUCAAAACCUGAUGUACUCGGCGGACAUCACUUUGAAUGGAGAGACUUUCCAGGCGAUGAUUGAUACAGGAAGCUCUGAUCUGUGGGUCAUAUACAAUAUACCGGGGGCUAAGGAUCAAGGCUUCAACUCAACUCUGAUAUACGAUGGUGGUCAAGUAUCUGGGACUGUCCAAGCUGCAACACUUGAAUUUGCUGGGUAUGAAGUGCCCGACCAAUUUUUCAUGUUGGUACCUGAGGCAAAUAAUUCCGUAGGGUUGGAUGUUCUUAUUGGUCUUGGUCCUGGCCAGGGAUCCAUGAUUCGCUUCUUAGGCAACAGCUCUGCCGCAGAUCCUCCACUGGACAGAAUAUUCAGACAAAAUACAUCUACCCCCAAUUAUCUCUCUGUUUUACUUGGAAGGUCAGAUGAUCCUGAAGAGCCUUACCCUGGGGAAUUAACCGUCGGAGAGGUCCUGUCUAAUUACACUGGUAUCCUUAAUCAGCCCAAGCUGGAUGUCACUAUCGGGAACUUCACUAUGGACUCUGUACAUCUCGGCCAACAUUGGCAGACAUUACUCGAUCAAAAUGGUAUCAUUGGCCCCGACGGAGAAACUAUUCCUAUCAAGACUGUAGUCAACAACAGUAUUGAUCCUAAUAAAGCGACGGUUGCCUUUGAUACUGGAUACACUUACCCUCAAAUACCAGAAUAUGUCGCUGAAGCCAUCUACGGUAAGGUCAAUGGGUCUUCGCUUCAGAACGUUACGGAGCUAGGCGGGACAUUCUGGGUAGUCCCAUGUGACGAGGAAAUAAACGCAACCUUCAUCUUCGGUGGCGUCCACUACCCAAUUCAUCCGCUUGACCUAAAUUUCGCCGUCAGGGAUGACUUUUGUGUCGGAGCAUUUCAGCCUUUCUCGUAUGUUGUCGAAGAGAGUAUCACUGGCCCCUUGUAUGACAUGAUGUUGGGCAUGGCAUUUCUAAGAAAUGCUUACCUUCUCGUUGACUUGGGUGAUUUCGUGGAUGGUUCAAACAGAACCACCGCUCCUCCUUAUAUCCAGCUGCUUUCUGUGACCAACGCCACCCAAGCAAGUGAAGAAUUCGCGCAGCAGCGUAAAAAUGGAACGAGCCUCUUGGCAAACGAUCUUCUCAGAAAGACCACCAAAUCGACUGGAAAGAAGAUCGCAGCCUGGAUCAUUGGUGUCAUUGUGGUCUGUGUGGUCAUCGGCCUGCUGCUUCUCGGCCUGUGCUGUAUGUGCCUCUGUCGCAGACGCAACAAUCGCAAUAAUGCCGGACCUCAGCAAAUCUGGCCCGUUAGUCAAAGCUACCGUUCGAUUUCGGAUCCGACGCCCCAAGGAGCAGACGAGAUGCAUCUGGUUCACAAUGAUCCUGUCUACAAUCCUGAGCAGACAUACAGAACUGCGUGGGAUCCAAAUUAUAAGGCUUAAUUUCAGAUUGAGUAUGAUUACUUUAAUUUGGUAUACAGUGACCACUGUGUCCCUUUGAUACGGCACAGAUGGGACGUACACUCUUUGCUUGUUUAUAUUCAGCGAUUCUGCAUAUACUUUAAUUAUUACCUGAGAUAUAAUAUAUUGUGCACAGUUGACGACUU